AUGUGGAAAAUAAAAGAUAUUUUUCUAUUUCCGAUUUUUGGGGUUCAUCUUAUUAUCAGUGGAUUGAGAAAUGAUCGCUUUUCUACAAUGUGUCACCAUGGUGUGAUAAAUCACUCCGAAGUUGUAACUCAUGUGGUGUCUUCGGGUGUGCAAAAACUUAUUCGACGUAAUGCACAAACAGAAUUAAGAAUUCAUACCCAUUAUGAUAGGUCAAUUAAAUCUCUCAAAAAUUUCCAGGAUAUUAAGAGAGAUGUAAUUGAAGUAGCAAUUGAGUUUUGGGAAGAUGCUCUACUGUUACGUCAGUCUCAUACCGUCCCCAGUAGAUUAACACUUGACAGAGUUUGUGUUGAUGGUGCUACAAAGUUGAUGACUUUCGAUAAUCAACUCUUGACAUUUUGUGUCAAUGGUUGCGUGGAAUGGACAAAAUGUGGACCUAUAAACAUUCCAGUGUCACAUUUAAAUCAGUGCAGGUUUAUUUAUAAUGGAACCUCAAUGAUUUCAGGUCACAAGGGCGAAGGCAUAUACCGUGCCAACUUCAUACUCUAUAUUUCAUCGCUUAGAACACAUAGAUGUAAUACUGCGAAAGUCCUAGGUUAUGCUGCACACUGUCAGCUAGAAGCUAAUACUGAUCGCCCUAUGGCUGGCUACAUCAAUUUCUGUCCUGAUACAUUAAGUAAUGAAUAUAACGAUAAAAUGCGUUCACUGUUUGUUGCUACGCAUGAAAUAUUACAUUCACUAGGAUUCUCUACAAGUUUGUUUGCAUUCUACAGAGAUAAACAAAAUCGACCAUUAACACCACGUGAUCCAAUAACAUUUAAACCUGCACUAGGCUGGUAUUCAGGAAAGAACGGUCAAGUAUACCAGUGGAGUGACAAUGUGGUUCGAUCGGUUAAUCGUACUUGGUUAAGUGCUUUUGGAACUUUUCAAAAAUUAGCGCACAUUGUGGUUUUACCGACUGUUGUACGUAUCGCCAGAUCAUUCUACAACUGUCCGAAUCUUGAUGGUGUCGAGUUAGAAGAUGAGGAUGAUGCAGGAGUGUAUCUAACACACUGGGAGAAACGCCUUUUAGAGAAUGAUUUAAUGACGGCAACAUACACAAAUUCUUUUCGAAUUUCACCGAUUACUCUGGCAAUGAUGGAGGAUACCGGCUGGUACAUCCCAAACUAUGCAUUAUCUCAGUCUUUCAGUUGGGGUAGAGGUCGAGGAUGUACCUUUGCUACUGGCAGUUGUUUAGAAUACAUGCUAGAACAAAGUCGUGGUGGUCAUCCAAUUGCACCGUUUUGUCAACAGUUAACUUCAAGCUUUCACAACAAAAAUAAUGGAUUACAGGUUAGCUGUACACCUGGUGAAGAAAGUUAUGGAUUUUGUAACCUAAUUGAAUAUUCCAAACCAUUGCCUGGUGAAUAUGUAUAUUUCGUUAAUACAAAUUUCUCGACUGUUACAUUGAAUUCUGAAAUCAAUCUAGGUACUGGAAACUUAACUAAUCAGUAUCCUUUGGUUAAAUUAGGAGGAAAAAUAGCUUUGGCUAAUUACUGUCCAUAUCAUCAGGAAAUUGAAUGGGAAGAUGAUGUAGGAAAAUCAAUUGCUAAUACUCAUUGUCAUGCAUCAACUAAUUUGAAAGAUCCACAUCACAACUUUAAACUUGAACGAUUUGGUAUGGAUUCUGUUUGUGUAGAGCAUAGUCCCAACUGGUAUUUAAUUAAUGGAGACUCCUUAUUUGUUCCGCCAGUGGAAGGAGCUGGAUGUUACACAUUCCGAUGUUCAAUGACUGAAGGUGGUUUGGUUUUAGAACUUGCUGGAGGUAUGUCGAUUCCUUGUGAAGUGCCAGGAGAACUUAGUGAAAUUAACGCUUGUUUAACAAAACAAAGUCUUACUGUGAAAGGAAAACUUGUAUGUCCCGAUUGCAGAUUACUAUGUCCAUUAUCGGAGUGUCCGAAAAUCUAUUCCAUUUCACAAAACAAUGUGACAUAUCUCAGAUCAAACUACUCCAACGAUCGUUCGUCUUCGUUUUUGUAUGAAACCAAUAUGUUUAUACCUAAAUCACGUACUAUACAGUAUUCUCAGUUAAUUGUUAAUGAAAUUGAAUCUACUGUUGAAAAUCCAUUAUAUAUUGUUGAAAAUUCUAAAAACUCUAAAGGUAUUGUAAUACAACAAGCUAUUCUACCUGGUGCAUGUUUAGUUAAUAUCGCUUACUCAUCUACUUCUCUAACUUUUUCAAUAUUCACAUACUUUGUAGUGUUUGUUCAAUUAUUCUGUUUAUAA